GGCAACAUUCACGGAAGUCACUGCCACUAUGCUGUGUUAAAAAGGCAAAGUUCUUUGUUAUUUGUAGUUUUGCCUUUAUUGUGAAAAAAUUACAAAGGGUGUGGGUAUAACUAAAGUGUUUAGUGUAGCCAUGGCAGAGGAAGCCCUACUGGCACGUGUCAAGGCUUUGGAAGAAGAGGUGGAUAGAUUGAAAGAGCUACUGAAAGCAGAGAAAGAUGGAGCUGGUGCUGGUGAGAGUGCUAAAGCAUCAUCCAAUCUUCAUUCAGAGCACCUAAAAUGUCAACAAAGUGAGGAAAACAGGAGCAAAGGAAAGAAACGAGGAGCAGAGAGGCCCUUUGAUUUCUCUGCCCACCCUUGCCGGCAUGUGGCACUGCGGCUGGCAUAUCUCGGCUGGCAGUAUCAAGGCUUCGCUGUCCAGGAAAACACAGAUAACACUGUGGAAGCCCGACUUUUUGAGGCACUGCUGAAAACUAAACUGAUACAAGACAGACAGACUUCCAACUAUCACCGCUGUGGCCGUACGGAUAAAGGUGUCAGUGCUUUCUCUCAGGUUAUAUCCAUUGACCUGCGUUCUUUACAGUUUGGAGGGGGUUUAGGUGUUACUGUUCCUGUUGGCGUGGAGGCCAAAGGCAAAGCUGCCUCAGAAGAAUUACCAUAUGUGAAGAUGCUAAAUAGAGUUCUGCCUCAGGACAUUAGGAUUCUGCAAUGGGCUCCUGUAGAUACCGGCUUCAGUGCACGUUUUGACUGUCAGUCCAGAACCUACAGAUACUACUUUCCUCGUGGAGACUUGGAUGUGGAACUCAUGGCUGAGGCCGCCAAACGGUAUGAGGGCACACAUGACUUCAGGAACCUUUGUAAGAUGGACGUGGGUAACGGAGUCUUACAGUUUCAAAGAACCAUCCUGUCUGCCACCGUUCGGCCAGCCCAACUCAACUCCACCUGCCCUAAUGACCCUAUCCAGCUCUAUGUGUUUCAGGUCAAAGGUCUUGCUUUCCUGUAUCACCAGGUUCGCUGUAUGAUGGCUUUGCUGCUUCUUAUUGGACAGAGGCUUGAAACUUCAGAAAUCGUUGAUCAGCUGCUGGAUGUGGAGAAAAACCCAAGGAAACCUCAAUACAGUAUGGCGGUGGAUUACCCGCUGGUGCUUUAUGACUGUCAUUUCGAGGGUGUAAACUGGAGGACAGAACCUGUGGAGGAGAGCCAUGUCCUGAACUCUCUGCACCAACACUGGGUUCAGACCGCAGUCAAGACCCAAGUUCUGCUUGGCAUGAUACAGGGCCUUCAGAACACAGCCACAGGUGAGACGUCGUCCUCUCUGCAGUGUUGGCUAAUGGAAGGUUCCAGACAGAGGAAGUACCAGCCUCUUCUAGAGCGGCCACGCUGUGAGAGUUUGGAGUCCAAGAUCCAGCACUUUGUGAAGAGAGGACGACUGGAACAAGAGGAAGGAGAGAAUGGGCAGGAGACCACUGUGUUCAGGGGGAAACGAUCAAAAAAUUACCACCCAACAACAACAAACCAACUUCAAGAGCAAAACCAAGGAGCAAAUACUGAGGAUUGUCCCUUACAAAACAUGUAAACUUACAGUUAAGAACAUACGUUUUCCUAAUUUCACUUUUAAUGUGUGCGAGAAAUGAUUUGAAGUCAUCAACAGAAACCUUUUAUUUUUUAAUUUCUUAGCACCACAAUUACUUUAUUUUCUAAGCUCCAGAAGAAAAUAUUUGAUUAAAGGAUUGCUCUGUAUUGUGUGAAUUUAAUUUGAGAAGUAAGACAAUGUCCCUGUCCUUUACACAAACUAGAUCAGAGUGGAGAAACCUUAGCUGCACCAGAAAUGGCUUAAUGUCAGAGCAUGUAAUGCAUUUGAUGAAGAACACACUUUUUGACCGGUGAACAAAAGUGUGCUUUUUAGAUAUGCAGGUGAAUAAUAUGAAAACAUUCUGGAAAUAUUUCAUCCAGUACGUGGACAUUGUCUUGUGACUCGAUUGUAUGAUGUAGCAACAACAACUGCAAAAAAUAAUGGACUCCGCUUUUGUUACACAAGCUCAAUUUAACCACAAGGAACAACUUUCUUGGUAUAUAAAGCACUUGCAGUUCUCCGCCAUUAUUAUUUUUUUAAUUCAGCAUUUUGAAUGUGAGCUCCCGAGGCGUUAUGACAUCAUAAAGUGUCCAGAUGAUUCACACUUCCGAAUCUCGCCAGAAAUAGUUGGUCAUCUGUGUGUUUAUCGCAUACUGUUAAACAAAUACGGAGUAUUCAGACACCCAUUGGCAUACUGGUUUUUGCAUACUUUAUAGUAGGGAAGUAUGCAUAUUCAGAUGCAGCUCUAGUGUGCUGAUGACCAUUUAUACAGUGUUGAAUUAAUGUUUACUAAAUUGACUGAUUUUAUUAAAGGUUUUUGUUUACUUGGUUCACUAUUUUUUUAUUACUGUUUCAGGACCAAACAAACAACAAAAAACGAGGAACUGUUGGAAAAUUCUGCCAUUUACUCUGUCUGUUCAAAACCGAGUAUGACUUCCUUGCGCGGAACACAAAAGCAGAAGUUAGGCAGAAUUAUAGCGACUAAUUAAUCAGUCACCAUUCACUUUAAGUGCACCUUGUUUGCCAUACAAUGAAAGUGAAUGGCGACCGAGGCUGUCAAGAUACAAAAUACCAAAAAAGCACCAUGAAAGUAGUCCAUGUAAGUCUCAUUCUACCAACAUCUCCUUUUGUUUUUCACAGAAUGUCAUAUGGGUUUAGAAUAAGAUGAGGAUGAGCAGCCUAAGGAUAGUUUCAUUUGUGGCUGAACUAUCCUUUUAAGGAAGCCUUUCAACUAAGCAUCUAUAACUCAGAGAAGGAUCAAAGUUUUCAGUAUUUAUAAAAUGAUCAAAUGUACACAGAAAAGUUAGAGAAUUACAAUGUAGAUGGCCAAGAAUAUAAAGAGAGUACUGUAGCAACUACAAAUUGAACCCUUUCAAAAUUUCACAAAACCUAGCAAGUCCGAUGAGAUGUUGUUGAACAAAAUAUCAAUCUCAAAGGUUGUGAGGUGUUUGUAACUGGAUUGCUCAUGACGUCACAACAGUGAAGCCUCUGUGCCGCCAUCUUUGUAUUCCCUAACAUUCUGUAUUCCUGUGGGUCUCAAUGGGAAAUUGUCUGUUUUGGUGAGUUGUUUUUACCUAUCCAUUACAAAUAAAAAAAUUGUUUUUAAGGCUGCAUACACUGCAUCACAAUGCAAUCUUCCUGCAAAACUAUUAUUACAUGCGUAUUAAUGCCGACAUCACAACAUUUACUGAUAAAACUAAAAUUGCCAAUCAGAAUUGAGUAAUUGCAAUGAUUCGUAUUUUGUGUGGCCAAAUGAGAAAUGGGGGGUUUGGUUAGUUGGGGUUGCAGCCUUCUUUUUUUUUUUUUUUUUUUUGUCCUUUGCUGAUCACAUACAGUGUGUUGACACUUGACACAUCCUGAAAACUGCACCAUGCUGAAGAGAUGCUUAAAAGUAGUUUUUUUUCGACAUUCGGGACAUUUUUGUCUUUUUCAUUUUUGUUUUUUCCAUCAUUAUGGCUGUGUUAAUGCCAUUGGCAUAUAUUUUGACAAAGGUGUGUUUUUGGGGGAAUUAUGAUAUUUCAACCCUAAUUCCUAUAAUACACCAAAUAGUUACAUUAAGGACAAAAAUGUCCCCAUUGAAAUCCAUUAAAACGGCAAUAUUUGAUCCCAGUGUCAUUAAAGCAUAAAAUCAUGAAUUCUAUGAUAUUAUGUUUUCAUUCCAAAGCCCUUCAAAAUUAAAAAUGUAAUAUUGUCUACCAGAUGGCGCCAUUUUCCUUAUGUUUAGCCUAUGGAGCAAAUACAUGCUUUUUCCCUAUUUUCUGUUUGCUGUAUUAUAAUAU